AACCUAAUAGAUCUGUGAUUGACAGUAGACAACGACAGUCAGGCGCGAUAGACACUACGAACAGAACACAGAUACACUUUGCCUGGUACCGCGCAGUUUUAGAUAAAAGACAUCCAGAGUGAGUUGUAUUUUUGAUUCCAUCAUCGCAAACAGCCGGUUUUCAACUAGUGCCCUCUAUCAGAGUUCAUGAAGAAGUGACGACGCUUUUUACACUUUUACAUUUGGUGCCUGGACUGGACGAUUCAUUGAGUGUCUUUAUGUGACAGUUGAGCUAUUUGUCCGUUUACUUUAGAGAUGGCAGAUUUACCGCUGCCGCAACAGUUGGUUGAUAUAGACCCGGAUUUCGAGCCACUCUCGAGGCCCCGGUCAUGCACCUGGCCUCUGCCUCGACCAGAGUUCAUCGAACCCGCCUGCUCAAACACAUCUUCACCGGCGCCUUCAGUCAAACAGGAGCCUGUCGAAUACAUCAGUAACCUCAGUUUUUUAGAAGAGUCGGAGGACUACGCGGAGGAUCAGAAACCGCUCGUUUUGUGCAAUGAUUUUCAGUGCCAGGGGAACUGCAUACACCCGCAGCAGGAGAAACAACAUACACAGCAGUUACAGCAGCAUCAGCAGCACCCGUGUCCUCAGCUGCCGCACCAGCAACAGGUGCCCCCGGUCUCAUCCCCCAACGGGUCGAAUUCGGUGGCCGCCGCCGCAGCCGUGCAGAGGAAAAGCAGCUCGUCGCGUCGGAACGCGUGGGGGAAUAUGUCCUACGCGGACCUCAUCACCAAGGCGAUAGAGAGCUCACUGGAGAAGCGACUCACCUUGUCUCAGAUCUAUGACUGGAUGGUGAAGAGCGUGCCAUAUUUUAAGGAUAAAGGAGACAGUAAUAGCUCAGCAGGUUGGAAGAAUUCCAUCCGCCACAACCUGUCCCUCCACAGUCGUUUUGUUCGUGUGCAGAACGAGGGGACAGGGAAGAGCUCGUGGUGGAUGCUGAACCCCGAGGGAGGGAAGAGCGGGAAGUCCCCCCGACGUAGAGCUGCCUCCAUGGACAACAACAGCAAGUUCACCAAGAGCAGAGGACGGGCUGCCAAGAAGAAGGUGGCUCUCCAGGACGGGGUAGUUGGGGGUGCAGACAGCCCGGGAGGCUCCCAGUACUCCAAGUGGCUCGGCAGUCCCAACUCCCACAGCCACAGCAAUGAUGACUUCGAGGCCUGGACUACCUUCCGGACGCGUGCCUCCUCCGACGCCUCCACCCUCUCUGGCCGGCGCUCUCCCUUCCUGGAACAGGACAUCGACCUAUCAGAGGCCGACAUCCAUAUGGGCUACCCUGGAGGGAUGGGGCCUAAGAUUACCUCCAUGGCCACCCUGCCCAGUCUAUCAGAAGUGGGCCUGGCCGGCUCCAUGGGGGGUCAUCAUCAUGGUCACCACGGAACAGAGAAUGUCAUGGAGAGUCUCCUUGACAACCUCAACCUGCUGUCCCCCAAGAAUCAAGGCCAGCUGGUGGUAUGUGGCGGGCCUGGGUCUGGGCCCGACUCCUCACGGUCCUCCCCCUCCUCCAUACUUCAGAACAGCCCCUAUAGCUCCCCCUCCAUGAACCCCCAACCCCAACAGCAGGACUACAGGAAGUGCCUUUAUGGCCAGACUGGGCCAGGCAUGAACAGCCCACAUCUCUCCCCCAUCCCCAUGCAGACGCUGCCAGAGAGCAAGCCUCCAGGGUCCUUUGCACACUUCCGGAGCCAUUACAACUGCCCUGCUGGGCUCCUUAAGGAGCUGCUGACCUCUGAAGUAGCUGACCCCCGUGGUGGGGGUGGUGGGGAGGCCAUGCCCACCAUGGAGACAGUAGUGUCCCAGUCAGGGAGAGGGCGAGGAGGAGGAGGGCGGAUGCUGCCCAACUACAGCAGCCAGGGGCAGGUGGGACAGGUGGGGGGGCACGGAGGGGUGAAGAUGAUGAGUCCCCCUCCUCAGCAACACACACGGCACCCUCAGUCCCACACUCAAAAUCCACACCCUCACCCACAUCUGCAGCCUUUCCACAGCCAGGGCCAGUGCCCUCCCCCAUCUGGGCCCUCCAUGAACGGCUGUGGCCUGAUUCCCCUGACCAGCCUCAACCACGCUGGGGGCCCUGCCCGUCUAGCCAGCCUCAGGACACACAUCCACCAGCUACAGCAGCGGCCCCACAGUGGUGGUGGUCACCCAGUCUCAGGCCAUCACAACCACAGUCCCCACCACAACGGAGCUCUUCCACCCAGCUACAGCAGCAGUACUAAUGGUUAUGGGAGACCAGGUCCCAGCUCUGCUCAUCCCCAGUCCCACCACCAUCAUCAUCAUCAUCAUCAUCAGGAGAGGCUGCCUAGUGAUCUAGACGACAUGUCCAUCGAGAGGUUUGAGUGUGACAUGGAGUCUGUUCUUCAUGACACGCUGAUGGACGGAGACUCGUUGGACUUCAACUUUGACCCCAUGGUGACCACCCAGGGAUUCAGUCAGGGGGUUGGGGUGAAGACCACCACACACAGCUGGGUGUCUGGCUAAGACACACACACACCUCUCCGACUCAGUGCAGACAGUUUUGAUUUUUCAGAGUUUUCAACAUUCUCCACUGGCCUUCAUUAAGAGAAUGGAAGAGUCUAAAGAAACCAUUGCCCCUCUCCAGAGGACUAUCAUCAGCCCAUCCCAACUCUGUCACUAUCCAUUGCAGAUAUGUAAGGUGGAAGAAAUCAGGUGAAAGCUCCAUCAAUCAACUGUGUUCACAUAUCUCGACCCUUUAGAUUUGCAAAGAUCAAGGGGUACGGAGGGACUGCUCUGGCUGAGUCUGUGAGGGAAAGGCUGGUCUGAAGUUGGCCUUGUAAAUAUAGCAGCACAAUACCAUUCACUUCAACAGUACUUGGAAGAAGCUGGAGACUCUUAAAGCAAUGUUUUAUUGUGAAAAAUGUUUUGUGUUUAGUAUGUUAUUUUCGUUUUUUGGAUCUCACAUUAUGUUUCUGCGAGUGUGUAUUUAUCUUUUUUAGUUUGGCUUUCGCUCUUCAAAAACAACUGGAAUGGAGUCGGUUCUGUUUCACAUUCAAGUUGGGUCCCACCUUUCAAGGUGCUUUUCAAAAAAAGUUUUACAUAUUAUGUCUGAGUAAGAUAUUAUGGAUGUAAAUAUGCUACUAUACUUCAAACAUACAGUGCAUUCGGGAAAGUAUUCAGACCGCUCAACUUUUUCCACAUUAUGUUACUUUACAGCCUCUUUCUAAAAUUGAUUCAAUUUUUCCCCCACAUCAAUCUACACACAUUACACAAUAAUUACAAAGCAAAAACAUUUUUACAUUUUUUUAAAAACGUUUUUGUAAUUGUUUAAAAAAAAAAAAAAACUGAAAUAUCACAUUUACAUAAGUUUUCCGACCCUUUACUCAGUACUUUGUUGAAGCACCAUUAGCAGCGAUUACAGCCUUGAGUCUUCUUGGGUAUGACACUACUGUCACGUGUGCUCCCUCUCCGGCCUCUAGGUCACCAGGCUGCUCAUUAUGGCGCACACCUGUCACCAUCGUUACGCGCACCUGCGCAUUAUCAGGCUCACCUGGACUCCAUCACCUCCCUGAUUACCUUCCCUAUAUAUGUCACUCCCUUUGGUUCCUUCCCCAGGUGUUAUUGUUUCUGUUCCAGUUUCAUGUCUGCGUUGUUUGUUUCGUGUUUUGUAUUAUGCUUUAAUUUAUUUAUGAAAUUAUUCACUCCCUGAACUUGCUUCCCGACUCCCAGCGCACACAUUACAACUACAAGCUUGGCACACCUGUAGUUGAGGAGUUUCUCCCAUUCUUCUCUGCAGAUUCUCUCAAGCUCUGUCAGAUGGGAUGGGGAGCAUCUCCAGAGAUGUUUGAUUGGGUUCAAGUCCGGACUCUGGUUGGGCCACUCAAGGACAUUUACAGACUUGGCACACCUGUAGUUGGGGAGUUUCUCCCAUUCUUCUCUGCAGAUUCUCUCAAGCUCUGUCAGGUUGGAUGGGGAGCAUCGCUGCACAGCUAUUUUCAGGUCUCUCCAGAGAUGUUCAAUCACAUUUAAGUCCGGGUUCUGGCUGGGCCAUUCAAGGACAUUCAGAGACUUGUCCCGAAGCCACUCCUGCAUUGUCUUGGCUGUGCUUUGGGUCGUUGUCCUGUUGGAAGGUCAACCUUUGCCCCAGUCUGAGGUCCUGAGCGCUCUGGAGCAGGUUUUCAUCAAGUAUCUCUCUGUACUUUGCUCAGUUCAUCUAUGCCUCGAUCCUGACUAGUCUCCCAAGUCCCUGCCACUGAAAAACAUCCUCACAGCAUGAUUCUGCCACCACCAUGCUUCACCGUAAGGAUGGUCCCACGUUCCUCCAGACGUGACUCUUGGCAUUCAGGCCAAAGAGUUCAAUCUUGGUUUCAUCAGACCAGAAGAUCUUGUUUCUCAUGGUCUGAAAGUUCUUUAGGUCCCUCUUGGCAAACUCCAAGCGGCUGUCAUGUGCCUUUUACUGAGGAGUGGCUUCCGUCUGGCUUCUGUUCCAUAAAGGCCUGAUCGGUGGAGUGCUGUAGAGAUGGUUUACCUUUUGGAAGGUUAUCCCAUCUCCACAGAGGAACUCUCCAGCUCAAGGCCCUUCUCCCCCGAUUGCUCAGUUUGGCCGGGCGGCCAGCUCUAGGAAGAGUCUUAGUGGUUCCAAACUUCUUCCGAGUUUCAUAGCAAAGGGUCUGAAUACUAAUGUAAAUAAGGUAUUUAUGUUGUUUAUUUUUAAUACAUUUGCUAAAAAUAUAUAUUUAAGAAACUUUUCGCUUUGUCACUAUGGGGUAUUGUGAUGCCAUCAUGGGGUAUUGUGUGUAGAUUGAUGACAAAAUAAAUGUAUUUAAUCCAUUUUAGAAUAACGCUGUAACGUAACAACAUUUGGAAAGAGUCAAGGGGUCUGAAUACUUUCCAAAUGCACAGUAUAUGCUAUAUCCUGUGUGUAUAUUUGUGAUACAGAAUAUUCUUAAUUUUUUUCAUAUUUCCCUAAAACCAGAAAUGUCUUAAUUUCUCUCAGUCUAUGCAUUAAAAAGCCUUUCAAACUGACGAUAUUCUAUGUUGAACCUUGUACCCAGGAACCAGUCCAGCAUAGGAAUAGCCAUAAUCACAGUGAUUUAUAUAUCAGUGAUAGUACAUAUCAGACUAGUUCAGUGAUAAUAGAUUCAGUGUAUUUCAGUGACAGGACAAAUCCGAGAGGUGUAGCAAGGGGUUAUUCUCACCUCAGCCUUUCAUCUGUCUUCUAUUCUCUCCCUCUUCAAGUCACUCCUCAGUUACUAUUCCUAAUUCCAUCUACUUUUCUCUCAUCAUCUAAUGUAUGUGACAAUCAAACACUCCAUUCCUGGCCUUUCUCAAAUCAGCUCUAAUCCCAAUACACCACUUGUUCUCUUUCCCUCGUCCAAAAUAUCUCCCUCCCACUCUCCUGAAUUUGAUUUUACUCACCUCUCUUUAUGCCUUAAUAUUCUCUCCCACUUUAUCUCUACUCCUUCCUUCUCUCUCUCACCCUCUCUCUGUCUCUCCCUCCCUGCCUGUGGGUGUGAGGGCGCUGUAUGCUUUCGUGGUCAUUUGAAAGGCUGAUAAUGGAACCUAGUUUAACUCACAGAACACAGGAUAUUUUCUUCCAUAUGAACCCUGCAUCUUUGCUUCCCUGUUUAUCACGGACCACAACGUGUUACCCAACUAACCUGCUGUUUUGGAGUCAGUGUACUUAUUCUACAGGUAACUGCCAAAAUAAUAACACACAAGUAUAUGGGGGAUACAAAGUCAAUUGAAAGCAGGUGCUUCCAUACAGUUGUGUUUCCUCAGUUAAUUAAGCAAUUAACAUCCUAUCAUGAUGAGGAACAUUAUUUUGACUACCAUGGCUAUGCCACCGUAGGAUGACAAUCCACAGAGCACGAGUGGUCACUGAAUGGUUUGAUGAGCAUGAAAACAAUGUAAACCAUCUGCCAUGGCCGUCUCAGUCACCAGAUCUCAACUGAAUUGAACACUUUGGGAAAUCCUGUAGCGGCACCAGAGACAGCGUUUUCCAGCACCAUCAACAAAACACCAAAUGAUGGAAUUUCUCAUGGUAGAAUGGUGUCGUAUCCCUCCAAUAGAGUUCCAGACACUUGUAGAAUCUAUGCCGAGGUUCAUUGAAGGUGUUCUGGCUUCAAUUAACAACCUGUUGAGAAACUUUAUGUUGGUGUUUCCUUUAUUCAAGUUUUAUUAGUCAUAUGUUCCUUCUCGACAAUGCAACAACAAUAAAAACAAUAUUACAAAAUAACAAUAUGUACAUAAAGUAAAUUGCUCAGUAGAAUAAAUUAACAUUUUAGCAUAAGUAUAAUACAUUUAUAGUCCAAUAUUUACACGUUUUGGAGAACGGGGGAUUGGGGGGGCAAGUGUUUAAAUUGUGCUGUAUUUAUCAAUAAUAAUUAGAGGCUGGUAGCAGCAGGUGUGAUAUGUGUAGCAUGAAUGUGUUUGUGUGUGUGAGUGUGUGUGUGUUUGUUUGUUUGUUGGUGUGUGUGCGUGCGUGUGCGCGCAUGUCUGUCUGUGUGGGUGAGUGAGUGCAUGUGUGCUGAGGUGCGGAGAGUCAUUGCAGGUGGUCAGUCCAGUUCAAGUGUUCAGCAAUCUGAUGGCUUGUAGAUAGAAACUGUCUCUGAGCCUUUUGGAGUCAGACCUCAUGAUGCAAUACUGUCUGCCCAAUGGUAAGGAAGUGAACAGCUCGUGGCUGGGGUGUGUGGGGUCCUUGACGAUGCUGCAGGCCUUCCCCAGGCAAGUAGAUGUCCUGGAUGGGUGGGAGCACGGUCCAGGUGAUUUAUUUUGACAGUUACCUGUAUAUAGUCUCACAUUUUGCUGAAAAUCGUUGUUACUAUUCUGUUCCUAUUCAUUUAGAACAUUGUUUUCCAGAGAUGUUGUGCGGUCCUCCCAUUUAGACUCGUCGGGAAAGCAUGUUGUUCAUUAGGCUACAUGUGAAAUAAGUUAUAAUGAACUUCACAGGGUGGUGAAAGUGCAAGGUGAUGAGUUUGAUGUUAGUUUCCAAUAAAUAUUGGGGGUCUUAUUCUGGAGACAUGAUCAAUGAUGCUUGGCUGCCGUUUGGUAAUCUCUUUCUUUUGUCCAUAAUAAUCUCACCCUGUAGGCUAUACCCGCAAUGUAUCUGCAAGCUUUUGGCUAUAUAGCACAAUUUGUUUUGUGAGAACACCAUCAGUAGAUUUAAAAUUGAGAUGGAAAUUAAUUGAACUUGUAUUUUUUAUUCUGUACAAAGUCCUCAUGCACAGCCUUUUAUCCACAAUAAGGAAAUGAUGGAAACGUCUCUGUUAAUGCACAUAUAGUUUUUUUAUGCAGAUUUGAGAAUAUUUGCAUGAAAAUCAGUCGCCAAUUGGAUGGAAACCAAGCUAGUGACAGUCACCCAAUUAGCAUGUUUUUUUAAGUCUAGUCUCCAGCUAUCUAAACUUGUAGUAAUCAUGGUUGAAUUCCUGACUGGGGAACCACCAUUGAUUUUGUUAGUCACUCUCCCUCAGAGAUCAUAUUAAAAACUACAAACAUUUCUCUCCCCCAUGGCAAAAUGUGUAGAAUUUCAACAAAAUGUAGCUUAGGGCCCCCAAAAGGCAAAGGGCCAGCUCUGACUGCAUGUGUGGGAACGGAUGUGGGUACGCAGACGCAGCGGCCUCUCAUCAUAAGUUUUUCUUGACCCCACCCCCAUCAAAAUUGCCCUGAUUUAGAAUCUAAGUUUGGGAAAGUGAAGACUUAGAUGUUAUUUGUUAGUGGACGCAGCAUUGUCAUGUAUAGUAAUUCCCAGAGUAACCUGUUAGAGUCUAACUCUGCAUUCCAAAUGGUAACCAUGCCUUUUGGGGCAUGAAUCAGCAGUCUCAAAUUUCAGGCCCGGGAGUGAUAUCAGGCCUGCAAAGAUGAGAUAUUGCACACUCACACACUCAUACCUCGACUUUUUACCUCUCAACAUCUUGAAGGGAUCUUUAUUUAUUUUUUGCAUUUCCUUUUUCUGUCACAGUGCGUAGGGAUUGUGUAUGGAAAAUAUGAUACGUAACUGUUUUCUUCAUUUACAGUAGGGAUAAGUUGAUGCUAGAAUAGACUGUUCACAAACCUUACCAGCCAUGUGUGAGUUAUAUAUUUAUUCUCUUUCAAUUUCUGUUGUUUCCAUUUUUUUUUGCUUAUUUCAAAAUAAUAGCCAUUACUAACUUUCAGCAUAUAUAUGUGACCUCACUGUAAAUAAUAAUACAUUAAUAUGUUGAUUGUUUAAAAUGAAUGAAAAGUUUAAGAUAGGGUAUGCAGUAUCUACAGAGAUCUUAUCGUGAGUGACUCCGUCCCAAAUAGUACCCUAGUUCCUAUAUACAGUGCAUUUGAAUGUAUUCAGAGCCUUCCCCUUUUUCCACAUUUUGUUACGUUACAGCCUUAUUCUAAAGUGUAUAAAAUCCUUUUUUUACUCAUCAAUCUACACACAAUACCCUAUAAUGACAAAGCAAAAACAGGUUUUUAGACAUUUUUGCACAUUUAUUUAAAAAAAUACAACAGAAAUACCUUAUUUACAUAAGUAUUUAGACCCUUUGCUAUGAGACUCGAAAUUGAGCCCAGGUUCAUCCUGUUUCCAUUGAUCAUCCUUGAGGUGUUUCUACAACUUGAUUGGAGUCCACCUGGGGUAAAUUCAAUUGAUUGGACAUGAUUUGGAAAGGCACAUACCUGUCUAUAUAAGGUCCCACAGUUGACAGUGCAUAUCAGCAAAAGCCAAUCCAUGAGGUCAAAGGAAUUGUCCUUAUAGCUCCGAGACAGGAUUGUGAUCUAGGGAAGAGUACCAAAAAAUGUCUGCAGCAUUGAAGAGGAACACAGUGGCCUCCAUCAUUCUGAAAUAGAAUAAGUUUGAACCAUCACGACUCUUCCUAGAGCUGGCCCCCCGGCCAAACUGAGCAAUCAGGAGUAGAAGGGCCUUGGUCAAGGAGGUGACCAAGACCCAAUUGUCACUCUGACAGAGCUCCAGAGUUCCUCUGUGGAGAUGGGAGAACAUUCCGGAAGGACAUCCAUCUCUGCAGCCCUCCACCACAAUCAGGAUUUUAUGGUAGAGUGGCCAGACGGAAGCCGCUCCUCAGUAAAAGGUACAUGACAGCUCGCUUGGAGUUUGCCGAAAGGCACUUGAAGGACUCUGACCAUGAGAAACAAGAUCUGGUCUGGUUUGAUGAAACCAAGAUUGAACUCUUUGGCCUGAAUGCCAAGCAUCACGUCUGGAGGAAACCUGGUACAAUCCCUAUGGUGAAGCAUGGUUGUGGCAGCAUCAUGCUGUGGGGAUGUUUUUCAGCGGCAGGGACUGAGAGACGAGUCAGGAUCGAGGGAAAGAUGAGCAAAGUACGGAGAAAUUCUCGACGAAAACCUGUUCCAGAGCACUCAGGACCUCAGACUGGAACGAAGGUUCACCUUCCAACAGGACAACGACCCUAAACACUCAACAAAAACAAUGCAGGAGUGGCUUCAGGACAAGUCUCUGAAUGUCCUUGAGUGGCCCAUGAUAGAAACUCCCCAAAUACAGGUGUGCCAAGCUUGUAGCAUCAUGCCCAAGAAGACUCAAGGCUGUAAUCGCUGCCAAAGGUGCUUCAACAAAGUACUGAGUAAAGGUUCUGAAUACUUAUGUAAAUGUGAUAUUUCAUGUUAUUUGUUUUGUUUUUAUUUCUUUUGUUUUAUUACUGUUUUUGCUUUUUCAUUUUUGGAUAUUGUGUGUAGAUUUAUGAGAGGGGGAAAAUGAGUUAAUCCAUUUUAAAAUAAGGUUGUAACAUAACAAAAUGUUGGAAAAGUCAAAGGGUCUGAGUACUUUCCAAAUGCACUGUAGUGCACUUUUUGGGCUAAAUUCCAUAGGGAUUAGGGUGCAAUUUGGGAUGCAAUCACUUUUUUAAAUGCCAGCUUUAAGAUAAUCAUCCAUGAGACAAUUGUAUAAAAUAUAAACUUUCUGUUACUAUUUUGAUUUUGAUUUAAGUGCUGUUUUUUGAUUUUGUAACAUACAUUGUUACGUAGCUGCUGUUUGUAUAUAUACAAAAAACAAUAACUAAAAGUAGAAAUGUUAAAAUAGACUUUAUCAACAACAUACACGGCAGGUAGCCUAGUGGUUCGACCGUUGGGCCAGUAACCGAUCGAAUCCCAGAGCUGACAAGGUCAAAAUCUGUUGUUCUACCCCAGAGCAAGGAAGAUCAACCACUGUUCCUAGGCUGUCAUUGUAAAUACGAGUUUGUUCCUAACUGACUUGCCUCGUUAAAUAAAAAGAUAAGUUGAAUGAAUACAAGUAGGACCAAUUUUCAUUUAAAAUGUUGCACUUCUAAAGUUUUGUAGUUGCUCAAGUGUUUCAUAGAAUUUGUUUUGAUUAAAAAGAUUUUACAGAAAAAUGCUUAUCCUCAAACGUAAAAAAGUGUUUGAGCCGGUUACAUUUCUUAACUUAUGUACAGAAAGCAAAAUGUAUUUUGAUAUACAGUAUGUGGGAAAUACCAUAAAAGUAUAAUAUAAUUAUUCAAUGCGAUUUGUUUAUGCAUUACAGAUUAUCUAUAUUCAGAAUAUAUAUUGUAAGGUAGCUGUUGCUGUUUGUUAUAUAGACAAUUUACUGUUUUAUUAGUUAUGAUUUGGAGCGAGGUAGAAUUGUUAACUGUUAUGAUUUGUAUCAUAUUUUGACAAUGGAAAAUCUUUAAAGUCAAUGGUUAUUGUUCAAUGUUAAUUCUGACCUUAAAAUCACUGUUGAU